AUGGGGCACGGUUCGAGAAGCCGACGGAGGGAUGAGGCGGAGGGCGAUGACACGAGCGACGCGGCGCGGGAGGAGGCGCGGGAGAAGCAGAGGGAGCACAAACACCGUCAGAGGCGUCGUAAAAUAGAGCGUCGGCACGCGGCGGUGAACGAGAUCUUGUCUCGGAUCGCGCCCCCAUCUCGAGCUUCCUUCACCGCUCUCGAGGAUGUACCCGCGUGGUGCGAUGGGAAUCCGAUAGAGUGGUCGUCCAUAGGCCCUUCGUGCGAUCCAGCGAGCAUGGCGAACGACGGGGAGGAGGCGACGAUGCGCGGGGACGACGCCAACAAAGGCGCCAGCGCCAUCGUCGCCGCCGCCGCGAAGCCGCCGGUCGUCAACUUGCGAGCCAUGCGCAAGCGGUGGCAGGUGGAGUCCUUCGCCGUGGUGCUUCGGGAGCUCGAGCGUGAGCGCGCCGCGCGAGACGACGCCGACACGCUGCCCCCCAUGCGGGUGGUGGACUUCGGGGCGGGCUCCGGCAACCUCAUACUACCACUCAGCAAGUGUUUUCCAGACAUGCGCUUCACCGCGGUUGAGAUGAAGCGACGCAGCGCCGAACUCCUCGAGCGCCGCGCCGCCGCCGCAGGUCUUACCAACGUGGACGUCGUGGUUGACAUGAUCGAGAAGACCUCGUUCGACUUCGACGUCGGCGUGGCGCUGCACGCGUGUGGCAACGCCACCGACUUUACGAUUGCGAGGUGCCUGGCAGCGGGGGCCGCGUUCGCGGUAAGCCCUUGCUGCAUAGGUAAGCUGAAGUUCAGUUUGGCGGGCGGGUCAUCGUUCAGCGCGACGAACAAGGACUGGACGACGAAGGGGGGCGACGGGGACGGGGACGGGGACCAGGUGGUGUGUCCCGUCAUAACGCAUCCCCGGUCGAAGUGGAUGGCUGAGCAGCUCGCCGGCCCGGGCGACUUUGCCGCGCUGGCGCAGGCUGCGGACACCGGUCAUGGAGACGGGGCGAACGCCGACACGAUCACAGACCUCGGGGCGAGAGCGAAAAUGAACGUGGAGCUGGACCGGGCGGAGGCUGCGAGGGAGGCUGGGUACUCGGUGGAGUCGCUAAAACUGAUCAGGGCCGCGGAUGCUCCUCCGAACAAGUCGGACCUGCUCGUCGGGGUGCCCGCGAGCAGGGCCGGGGCGUUGAAGAGACUCAGGCCGCUCGUGUCAUGCUCGUAG